AUGCUGUCAGAAGACCUGCGCAAUACAAGGGAGGACCUUGAGCGUCUCGAGCAGGCCAUAGCCGAGCGCUCACUCGAAGAUCCCAAACAUAUUCGAGACCGCCUGUCAAGAGACCACCAAAUCGCUGCUUUCCUGGAUCGCAUAAAGGCGCAAUCAACCCGCGCAGUCGACCUGUACAAAGACAACGAUGGCAGCCGUCUACGCGAAAUUCAAUCCAUUUCCACUGGCGACACGUUCGACGAAUUCUACAAGCAGCUGAAUAACAUCAAGGACUUCCACAAGCGCUAUCCGAAUGAACCUGUCGAGAAUCUGGAGCGCGCAUACAAGCGUAGAGCUGUCGGCGACGAUGUGCCUCUACCUUCAGAAAUUGAUACUAUGUUCACUGGAGAGGAGGCCUUCGGUCGCUACUUCGAUAUGAACUCUUUGCACGAAGAUUACAUCAACCUGCCUGGCUCAAAGAGGCGCAUCACAUACCUACAAUACUUGGACACAUUCGACGACUUCGAGGGCAUGCCCAGGCCGGAUAAGCUAAAGGAUCAAUACUUCCAAUACCUAGGAAACCUGGCCACAUAUCUUGAAAGCUUCAUGCGCCGAAUUAAGCCUUUAGAGGAUCUCGACAGACUAUUCAUCAGCUUCGACGAAGACUUCCUAAAAGCAUGGGAGAAGGACGAGGUCAGAGGCUGGCAACUCAACGCGAAAUCAACAACAGACGGACCCGCAACAGAAGGCACAGGCGAAGGAAUAUGGUGCGCAGACUGCGAAAAGGAAUUCAAGAACGACAAUGUCUACAAAGCCCACUUGACAGGAAAGAAACACAUCAAAAAUGCAGAAGCAAGAAAACAACGCACCGCAGACGGCGAAUCAACAUCUACAAAUGGCAACAGCAACCAUGCCGCAACCUCAAUUCACCGCUUGAAAGAAAAGGCUGUCGCGGAACGCGAACACCGCAUCCGCAAACUCGCCUCUGCAAUGCAAACCGAACGCUCCGACACACGCGCCAACGUCGAACGCAAACAGGGCAUGACAGACAAGGAACGCCAACAAGAACUCGCCGCUCUCUACGCCGAGACACUCGACCUUCAAUCCGCCGCCCCCGCGGCUGCAAACGACACGGAAGAACAAGACGAAGACGGCAAAGUCUACAAUCCGCUAAAACUGCCGCUCGGCUGGGACGACAAGCCCAUCCCCUUCUGGCUAUACAAACUCCAUGGCUUGGGCGUCGAGUUUCCCUGUGAGAUCUGUGGCAAUUACGUAUACAUGGGUAGAAGAGCCUUUGACAAGCAUUUCGGAGAAGCACGCCAUUUGUACGGCUUGAAGAGAUUGGGAAUCACGAAUUCGAGUAUGUUUAGGGACGUUACGGGAAUCGAGGAGGCGACGGAGCUGUGGAGGAAGUUGCAGGUUGACAAGAAGCAGGAGUCUACGGCUAGUGAUCAGGUUGUGCAGAUGGAGGAUGGAGAGGGCAAUGUCAUGCCUGAGAAGGUGUAUUAUGAUUUGCAGAAGCAGGGAUUGCUAUAG